CAGCGGAUGAAAGUCUGAUCGCAGCCGCGCAAUCGGAAAGAAGAAGGAGAAGAAGACUGGACCAUGUACAAGGUCGGAGGGGUUGCAGGAGUCUCUGGCACUCUGGGAUUGAUCUCAGCCUCUGUGCUGGCGGCCGCUGAUGAUGACGAUGACAAACCCGGCACAGCUCUGAGUGUAGAUGAGCUGUCUCUCUACACGAGGCCGCAGCAGAAGAUCCAGCGUGUGCAGCCUGAGAGAGGGCAGGUGGAGGAGAGCGUGGCCACGCUGAGGAAGCUGGCAGAACCGUAUGCCACCCGGUGCCAGCAAACGGCCAGCGCGGCCAAACAGACAGUGCAGGGCGUCUAUGGGACGGUGAAGCCCAAGGUUGACAGCACUGUACAGUUCGGGCAGAACAGUUAUGCCUACUUGAAGAACCCUCCGCCUGAGUUUUACCCCAGAGCCGGAGUCAUCGGAUUUGCCGGGAUCCUGGGCCUUUUCUUCGGGAGAGGCUCCAGGCUGAAGAAACUGAUCUACCCGACUGGUCUAAUGGCUGUAGCUGCGUCCAUGUAUUAUCCUCAAGAGGCCGUGACCGUCGCAAAGAACACAGGAGACACCGUAUACGACUGGGCUCUUCAGGCUUAUGUUGCUGUGGAGAAACUCAUCAAAGGCAAACCUGCCUCAAAGAAAGAUCAAGCUGAAAAGAGUUCCAGCGGGGAGACCAAAGCUUAGGUACAAAAUAUCAAAGAUCAUAAACAGCACGGAGACACAACACAGGUUCAUCAUCACCUCUCAGGUUGUUUCUCUGACAGAGAGGUUGUGGUACAGGAUCUCCAUCCUUCGCUCAUCUUCAUGACCUACUUUUGCACUAGCCACUUCCUCUUUCAUCUGUCAAUCAUCAGACAGGAGUUAGUGGUCUGACUGUGAAGUUCUGAACUUGAAAACAAACUACUGAGAUUGUAUUAAAAAUACAUUGGUGAACCAAAAUAAAUGUUAUAUACUAUGUGAUGAUGGUGGUGUGAUUUAUGACUGAAA